AUGCCAACUACUCGGAGCGGUACAAACUCCACACCCGCUCCUACUGCUGGUGCUGCCAACCAACCUGUCAGCCCUGUUACUCCAACUGUUGGCAAUACUGCCAGUACGCCUGUCAAUGCUACCGCACAACCUGGCCAUACCCUUGCAAGCCUUGAAUUUGCUGUCACAACCCUCUUUCAAGAGCCCCUAGACAGCCCACUCAUGCUCGCUAUUCGUCGCGAUGGAUGUUCACACUUCAUGCACCUCCUCUCCUACAACGAGAAUGAGCUCCUUGCAUUGAAGUAUGAUGCACCCGUCAUCGACCAAUACGGGGUGGAUACUGGCCAGCCAAACUCAGCUUACUCAGCUUGA